AUGUGUCAGUUAAACGACUUGUUGAAUAAUGUUUAUGAAAAUGAAGAGACGGACUUCGAGGACGUGUUAAGUGAGGAAGAUUUUGGCAAAAUAGUUGCACGUAAAGGGAUAGAUAUUAGCGAGCGAGACCCUCCUUGCUACCUCCGCUUCAGUCCUCGGUAUAGCAUAAGGCCUACUUCUAGUCAGAUCAGGGCAAAGCUGGACGAACUUUACAACAUGGAAAGGAUAGAGCAGAAUGAAUAUGAGCCUCCGUUUAAUAGACAUGAAGAGGAAUUCUUUCUUCCAGUUCAGGAUUACGGUGAUCUUUUGCGGAAAAAGGAAGAAGUUGCACGUGAACAAAAUUUCCUUGCCCCUGGAGCUUCCAUAGGUCGUAAAACAAAUCGUCGUAAGCGCAAAGAUUCUGGUUGGUCUUCGGAAUUGUCGUUUAUUGAUAAAAGUUGUUUAUUUUGA